AUGUCGACUUACUCUGCCAGUUCGCGGGAUGCUUCGCGGGACCGUGCUGAGUCUCGAAUGGUCAAGCAUCAACAUUCAUUUUCAGAGUCCGGCAGGAGCUCAGUGCCUAUGUGGGAUAGCUCAGAUCCCGAUAGAGCGCCUCCACCACUUCCGUUGAACCCUGGGGUUCCUGGGAGCCCUCUAACGAGAUCUAAUACAUCGAAACGGAUUGACGAAGCCGCCGCCUUGAUUGCUGCCAGAGCUCGAGAAAAUGCACCCAGCUCCUACACCAGCAAUCCUCCUCCCGCUUCUCCGGACAGAAAUGUCAUACGGGCGCAAAAUAGGCGCAUGCAGAACCUCCAGAGCCCCGGCAUUACUAGACUGAGCGAUUCUUUGGAGAGGCGAUCACCAGACAAAGGCCUUCGCACAGCAAAAUUCGUGGAUUUUGAAGACUUCCCUAGCGGCAAAACAUCGGAGCGCAGUCCAACAAGACCAAGGUCAGAGACUCCGACUCCCACCGAAAGGAACUCGGCAAGAUCCAAAGAAGCAGAGAAUACACCGCCUCCAUCGAACAUGUUGGCCUUGCAGACAAUCAGAAAUCGACAGGAUGCCACCCCUCUGGGUGACAUAACAAAUGGCGCAUCGCCUGCGGUUCCAACGUCCUACUCCUUUGAUGCCCUCUCGAACCAGAUUCUGAGCUUGACAUCAAUUAUAACAAGCGUUCAGAAGGAGAUGUCGAGUCUGAACAAGAGAAGUAAAGAUAACUACGGUGACCUCAUGAGCCUCAAGGAGGCCACCACGGCGAGGGACGAAGAUAUCCGCAAAAGUCUCAGAGAGCUCAUUGCGGGUCUUGAAAGCAAAUUCACAAACCUCGACUCUCGAUUGCUUGCAGCCCCCCCAGAUGCUAACAGAUCGACACCUAACUUGGGGAUGUAUUUCGACGACAAGGUACACAAUGGCUCUCCACGCCCUAAGAGUCUCGGGCUGCCACGCAUCGGCAGCCCAUCUAGUUUCUCUGCCGCACUUGAUCGAGAAUUGACUGCGUCGCCUUCCCUCACAUGUGUUGACGGUGCUGCAAGCAUUGCGCUCCUCGAGAAAGUGCUCAGGGAGAUGGCCACCCGUGAAGGCCAAGACAAAAUCAUGAGCACUCUCGAAGCAGUAAAGUCACAGGCUCUUGUUCGAUCGCAUCCAGAUGCCCCUACCCCAAUCGCCUUCGACCCCGCCAUGAUGUCGAAGCUGGAAGACAUCCUAGUGUUCAUGAAGGACAUGAAGGAGGAAUCCGGAUCACGUGCGCUCGUGCGCUCAAGCGGCAACGAUAGCACUAAGGGUCCUUCAAAUCUUGAUCUUUAUCUUGAAGGGGAGUCAAAAGCGGCAACACUUGGGAAAACAAGAUCAGGUCCCGAAGGACGUGUUGCUAUGUCAGGCUCCGAGCCGGUGAUUGACGACAUUGUCGCAAUGUUGAAGAGUGUCAAGCAAUCACUGGCCCAAGGAGGCGGCCUUACAAAUGAAGUGAAAGUAUUGGUUCGAGAACUUCGUGGAGAAGUCUUGGGAAUGGGCCGUGAGAUUGCAAAGAAAUUGGAUCAAACGACGUCGCCAGCCAAAGGUUCAACUUUGGAAACGCAAGCAGCGACCAGAGACGAAAUUGCCAUCCUUGUCCAGCAAGGUCUUGCUGAGCUCAAGGAACACAUGCAUCACAUUGUUCGAGAAAGUGGGAGACGAUCAGCAGAGCACAACCGUCCAGCGGUCGAUACACAAGAGGUCGUGCGGGCAAUUCGUGAAGUCCUCGCGGAGCUACCGCAGCCUGCUGAACAACCAAUCCGAGAUCCUGUGGCUGAACGAGAUGAACUACUCGCUGCCGUGAGAGAGGCAUGGGAGGACUGUAAACCAGAAAUCGCUCUUGAGCAUUUCGGACUGGAGCGAGAUGAGAUCUUGGAGACGUUGAAGGAGGGUCUUAAAUCAUAUCAGCCACAACAACCCACUGCCAGAGAUGCCGGUGCUACGUACGAAGACGUUCUUGAGGCAGUCAGGAAGGGCCUUGCAGAUUUCGAGCUUCCCACCAUCCCAGCGCCAACUGGAAUAACUCGGGAAGACAUCCUUGCAGCUGUCUGUGAGGGCAUCAAGGGUCUCGAAUGGCCAGAUAUGUCUGCGCCGCGGGGGAUAGGCACUGACCUCACCAGAGACGAUGUCUUCGACGCUGUGCGCGAAGGACUGGCGCAGCAUGACACUGUCGCCAAGGAUCAUAUAAGUGACGCGAUCAAAGAUGGCCUUUCUCAACAUGACCGCGUUGCCAAAGAGGUCGAAUUCAAUCGUGAAGAUCUGUUUGACGCAAUCAAAUCAUGCUUGGAAGGCGAACAGAAUCCCCUGGGAGGAAUGGGAGAACGUGUCAUCGAAGCUAUGCAUGAAUUCCUCGGCAGCAUGAAGAAUGAAUUCCAGCAAUAUUCCGCGGCCAGCGGAAAGGAUACAGAACAGGUACUUGAUGCUCUCAAGGAUGGAUUGGAAGACCUGAGGGCCGACAUAGAAAGCUAUGUUGACCGCGCUGCUGAUGUUACUGGCAAAGACGAGAUCAUCGACACAGUUAAGGCUGGAUUUGCCGCCAUGCAAGCGGAUCUGGACAAAGGGUUUGCAGCACGCGGGAAUGGCGCGCCAAACACACCUGAACUCUUGGACGCAAUGGAAAAAGAAUUCGAGCAUCUUCGCGAGACCAUCAGCAAAAAUAUGGCAAGGAGCAAUGCUCUCUCUGAAAAGGACGAGAUUCUCGACGCUAUCCGCGACAUAGCCGACGACCGACAAUCAACCCUCAGCAGUAACAGUGAAGACAUUGUUCGCCUAGUCAAGGACGAAUUGGAGCAUAUGCGCACAGCUCUCGCCGGGGCGCUGGUCAAAAGCGGCUCUUCACUUGAUCGUGAGGAAGUCCUCGACGCCAUCCGAGAAGGGAUUGCCUCGUCUCGUCCCAAAAUGGACGGGAACGAAAGUAUUCUCUCCAAUACCAGCGAGCUCCUCGAUGCUUUUCAGGACGGAGUUGACGGUAUCCGAGCCGACAUCCAGAAAUUGACUGAUCGCCCGGUUGACCUCAGCGCAAGCUACGAAAUCCUUGAUGCGCUCAAGACGGGAAUUGAGGAUGUCCGGGCAGAUAUUUCGAGGCUUCAGGAGAAACAGAGUGACGAAUCCGACACCUCCACCAACCGCGGACAGGAAAUGGUGAUACACGAUCAGAACCGCAUCACCACCGAGAUUGAAGGUUUAAAGGUGAUGAUCACACAGUUGAGAAUCAAAGUCGAAGCGCUAGACGGAAUGGCCGGGCCACCGCCUGUGACGGAAGCUCGAAUACACAAAGACGACAUGAAUGAGCUUCAAGACGCCAUCCAACAAGUUCAAGAGUCUGUCGACCGGAGCCAUACCAGUGAGGCUAGAAUCCAUAAAGAUGAUCUGGAAGGUUUGUACGCCGCCAUUGAUCAAGUAAACAAUGCCAUCAAUGGAGUUCGAGAUGCGCCUCCUCCAGAGCUGGUCAUGCCCGAGAAUACCGCAUCGAAAGAAGACACGGAAGCCAUCGAAACCCUCUUGAGAAACAUCAAGGCCAGGAUCGACGAGACUCUCUUGCCAGAUUCUGAGCCUUUGGCUAGAUCGAGUCAGAUCGAUGCCCUGGAGUUUGCCCUUAAGGAUCUCAAAGUAGCGGUCGACGACGCCACUGAGCGGGCUGCUGAACAAACCAACAGAGAAGACUUCACGCUGAUCGAGUUGAUGUUGAAAGACGUUCAAACCAGCAUGGAAGAGUUCAGGUCCAAACUGGAGGAGCCAAAGACCGAACAGGGCGGUCUCGAUAAGUCCGACUUGGAAGUAGUCGAGUCUCUGUGCUUGGAUAUCAAAACCCAGAUCGAAAAUAUCAAGCAGCCAGAUCUUGGAUCUCUCCCAUGCAAAGACGAUAUCACCGACGUGAAAAAUGAUCUCAAAGCAUUCCGGGAGCAAUUCGAAGCCGACAAUGGUCUUACCGCGCAGGCGUUUGAGGCCAGAAAGAUUGAACACGGCGGUCUGGCCACGAAGAUCGACGAUGUCAAAAAUAUCAUCGGUGACCUCCGAGAUGAACUCAUCGGAAAGGUAGAAGGAAGUGCAGAGGGAAUUGUGGAACUGAACAAAGUACUUGGUAUGCAUCAUGAUGAUAUGAGCAAAUAUGCUACUGCAGCCAGCGUUGAGGAAAUGUCCACCAUGAUCAAAGACGAACUCGACCGCCACAUGGACCAUCAAUCUACCAUUAAAGCUGAGAUGGCAGAGCGAGAUGCUACACUUUUCACCAAGCAUGAAGAGACGGGUGCGGAGCUCAAAUCUGUGAUUGAGGACAGGUUCAAUGCACUGAUGACCAAGUACGAUGAUGCUCAGCUUGCCAGUGAUGCAAAAUUAAGUACUCUAGAAGAGCGAGACAGCGCACAUCUGGAAGCCACGAACAGUACCAAAGCGGUUGUGGACGAUCUCAAAUCGCUCAUGGAUGUUUUGGGGACAACAGUCACAGAGACCUGUGAGCGGAUCUCCGAAGACUCAAAAACUGUCUUCGGGUCAAUUGAAGAGACUAACUCGAAGGUGGACAACCUCCACACUGCCAAUGCCUUCGAACAUGGCGUGACUCGAGAGGAAAUCGCAAAGACAUUGGCGGCAGCAACAAGAGUUGAAGGCAGUCUGUCAGACCAUCAACCAGCAGUCCUCUCUGCAAUCCAGGAAGUCCUCGGAGUGGUCACCCAGCACUAUGAGCAUUCGCAGCAGCAAACAGAGAGCUUUGCACGGGCGACAGAGGAGAUCAAAUCUGGCGUGGACUCCAUCCCAGCAGCUAUACCACCCUUGUUGCCAGCGCUGCCGGCGGUUGAAGCGGCUAGGGAGCUACCUGCCCAAAAGGAAUACGAUGAUAGCGAACUGCACGAUAAGUUGGAUACUCUCCUCUCCCGUCCCAGCUCUGCCAAGGAUAUCAGCGAGUUACAUGACAAGUUGGACACCUUACUCUCCCGGGACAACUCGUCGACGGCGAUUAGCGAGGUGCACGACAAAUUGGACACUCUUCUAUCCCACGCCGGCUCAGUGGAGAACAAUACCGGGCUGCAUGACAAGCUGGACACGCUUGUUUCCCAUGCGAGUGAAGCGAAAGAGAUCUUUGCAGGGCUGGAGGACCAACAGAAAGAGACUCGGGAUUCUCUGGCCAACCUUCAAAAACUUGACGAGAUCCACCAACAAGUUAUGUCGACUGCGGCUGAGAUCGCAAGCAUGGUGACAACGCAGGCGAGACUGAUGGGAGAGCAUCAUGACUCCAAAGUUGCCGAGGCAACGGAGGCAGCGAUCGCCUUGGAGAAGCGAACAGCCCAGAAGGAGAAAGUCGAGGCUGAUAUUGUUACACUCAACGAAGAGAAGAACUCUCUUUUGGAGUCCAUGGCACUGUUGAAGCGAGAACAGGAACAGCUCAUUGGACAGACAAAGAAACUGACUCGAGACGUGGCGAAGCUCGAGACCGCGCUGCAAAUCCGGCAAGACGAAAUGCGCGAAAUGAAUGCCAGGGCAGAGGUCCUUGAGCGUCGCAUCCUUGAGGGACUUGUGAACCAGGCUCGAGCGGUCAAGACAUCCUCCAAAACUAUCAACAGAUCAAGAAUCAGCCCGGCUGAACGCGAUGCGUCGAUGAGUCUCAAGCGUGUCCCCAGCACCGCCAGCACGGCAACAGCCAGAACUUCUAUCAAGGGCGGAAAGUCAGCGAUCGGCAGCGCUGUUGGCACGGCCUUGAAAAAGAGGACGCCACUUACUUCAAAUUCCAAGGCAGCGUCGACUCCGAGAACGUCCGCUAUUGAUCGUCGAAUUCUCAGCACCAGCCAUGUCACGGGAAACCGUGGUCGAAACACGCCUGAUAUGGCUUUGAUGCUUGCCCCGGUGCCUAAAUCCACCGGCCUUGUCAGUCUCAAACGCAGCCAGUCCGUGAAGAGUAACCCUAGCAGUUAUCUCAAUGGACGGAAGGCCAGCUGGAAUGGUGCCCCGUCAGAGUUGACAGACAAAGAGAACUUUGACCAUGAUGAGAGUGAUGAUGACAACCAUAGCGAAACAAGCACUGAGAGGAGGACCAGCUACGGCACCAGCGUCAUGUAUACCGACAGCAUGACCUAUGGCACGGGAAGCACGUUGAGUAGAGACAGCAGGCGCUCAGCAAGCUGCGGUAGCAGCAUUGUUGGAACGGUGAAUGGGCAGACAGACAGUAUCGCCGAGGAGGAUGAGGAACAGGAGAUGGACGAGAAUAUCCAAACAGCCAUGGUCCUGCACAAUGCCCAGUCGGCUGACAGCCAUCAAAGAGACUCGACUCAACAAGGCUCGAUGGCAUUGAGCACAAUGGACGGGUCGCAUAGUCCCAUUGUCGAAGCAGAAACGAUGUCUGAUCUGCAGCCUCCACCUACCAUUACCGAAGAAGGGAUGAAGUAUCAUGGCAGUGACAGCGGGCUAGGCACUGAGCCAUUGACAGCAGGCUCCGAGAGCCAUAACGAAUACUUUCACAUGACGGCGUAG